GGCAUCUGCUUUUGUUUAGAAUUAAGAAACAGCUUAUACCUAAUGACAAGUUACAACAAAUACCUACGUUUUAUUAGGAAAUAUUCCUUUUUAGCUGUUUAUAAUAAUAAUCAAAAACAAACGCCUCAAUAAAAAAAAAAGUUUUAUUAUUAUCAAAAUUACAUGUUAUAAAAACCUCUUUCUCCCACCAGCAGUGGCCUCGACCCAUUUUAUGUGUACAAAAGUUUAUUUAUUUCUAUAGUGAGUUUCAUAUAUCACGACUGUCACGCCAGCUCUACAGUAUUUUUGUUAUAUUUAUAUCAUAUUUUCAGAUGUAGAGGUUAGCUGCUCUUGCCAUGCAUCAAAGGAAGGGUAUUCAGGUACUUUUUAUAAUGUACAUGUGUGUAGUUUAAUGUUUAAUAUAUUUUUCGUUUCGGUUUCAAAUAUUUAAAGGUGUACUUAUUUAGUUGUAUUUCUCAUGGUCGUCGGGGUCCAUACCGGGGCACCGAAUUAAUAUACGGGAAUGGAUAUGGGGAAAGAAAAAUUAAGAUCAGUAAAAAAAAGAUUGAUUUUCCUUUCGCCAUAGAGAGGUUCUUGAUUCCUCCAGAAGCGCUGGUGGCCUAGCGGUGAGAGCGUGCGACUUACAAUCCGGAGGUCGCGGGUUAAACCCUGGCUCGUACCAAUGAGAUUUCGGAAGUUAUUUACGAAAUGUCAUUUGGUAUUUACCAGUUGCUUUUUGGUGAAGGAAAACAUUGUGAGGAAACCGAACUAAUCCCAAUAAGGCCGUCGUAACCUUCAUAUUAUCUGUCUUCUUUGUACGGUUUAAUCCUACUGCUCUCCGUUAUCUCAAAGAACGCUUCAGUUAUUUAAAUUCUAGUAGAUCCUCACAAAAUUUGCUUCUUUCUGUCCCUCCUUCCUCCUCAAAAUUUUAUAAUUGUUCUUUCACAUUUCGGGCUGUUCGCCUGUGGAACUCUCUCUCUAUCGAAUUAAGACGCGCUCAAUCCCUAGCUAUUUUCAAAUCCCAUCUUAAAGACUGCCGAUUGCAUUUGCCGACGACAUCGUUUUGUUCUCCCACACUGCACCCCAUCUAGAACAAAUACUACAAGCCCUUAGCACGGCAAGUCUUGAAGUCGGACUCCAAAUGAACAGGGCCAAAACCUAGUUAAUGACCAAUGGCGCGAAACGUGGGGUCAAGGUUAAUGGGCAGGAUAUCCAAUAUGUCGACAAAUACAUAUACUUGGGCCAGAUAGCAUCCUUCGAUGACAGGCAGUCUAAAGAAAUCGAUCGACGCAUCGAAAAUGCCUGGAAGAGCUUCUGGUCCAUGAAGGCACUAAUGAAAGCCAACCUUCCACUGACACUAAAGCGCAAACUCGUUGACAUGUGUAUCCUGCCUAUCCUAACCUACAGCGCCCAAUCUUGGUCAUUAACGGAAGCCCAGAAGUCCCGACUCAAGAUUUGCCAGCGAGCAAUGGAGCGCAGCAUACUAGGAGUUCGGAGAACCGAUCGGGUUAGGAACACCGAACUGCGCUCCAGAACUGGUAUCAUAGAUGUGGGUGAUAAGGCCGCUAAGCUUAAGUGGGGUUGAGCGGGACACGUCUGCCGUAUGUACCCGGAUCGGUGGGCUAAAUUGGCUACCGAAUGGACACCGCAGAUUAGCCGGGGCAGAGGCAGACCAAAAAAGAGAUGGCGGGAUGACCUCAACGCUUUUUGCAGCGACUGGCGGGAACAUGCUCCAAUCUAGUUUUUUGCACCUCCUAAAUAGUUUAAUUAAUAUUAUCACUUCUCCGCUACCUAAAGGUUGUCUGGUAAAGAUCGCUCUUUGGCGAUAACACCGCCUGUUGUCACCUUUGUCUUCAUAUAUUGUGUAUGUCUCUCUGUAAGUGUUAUUUUGAGGUUGUGCAAUAAAGAGGAUUUGUAUUGUAUUGUAUUGUAAGGCCUAGUUUACCCUCUGGGUUGGAACUACUUUUAAACAUUAAACAUUUAUUUUAAACAUUAUCGGUUUAGCUGUUCGACUAAAACUUAAUUUUGUCGCACUCAUCAAUUUCUUUAUAGAACAUCUCACAAGUACUUUAGGUUCCAAUACGAGUAUAAUAUUGGGUAAUUAGUAUUUAGGUUUGUUACAGCUGUUUAAAAAAUAUCUUAUAUGUGUGUAUGGCCCACUCACACAUGCAUAGCGUAGUUAAUAAGUAUUUUCCUAUACACACCUCAGUCUUCAAUAAAUCGUAGAACAAGCAACACUCAUUUGUAUUAUUCAAAAAACUGCAAGAUCCAAAAUCAACCUUAUUACAAUCACCAUAUGGUCCAAACCGAACCGGAUAGCAACAAAGAAGUCUUUAGUUCGCCGGAGACCGAGAACAAAAGGACUGCAUUCCAGAGCGAUAAGGCGGCCGGCAACUGUUUUUUCAUAGUGAACAUUUUGUGAUCUUUGCAUUUAAAUUGCAAUACUUUGUUCUUUGCAUUUACUUUGCAGUAUGCUUUGCAAUCAAAUAGCAAGUUAUAAACAUUAUAAAGUGAUUAGACAUGACAUGAAACAUUUGAAUGCAACUAAAUAAUAUUAUAAGAUUGAACUUUUUCGUCGUUUAUCUACGUGAAAUUAAGUGAAACAAAAUGUCAACUACGGAACAGUUAUUAAGUUUGUUACAAGAUACAGCAAAUAUAUUACAAAAAACGCAAACAAAUCUCAAGAAAUGUUCUAAAGCACGACUUACAAGGGGUUAUCUCGAGUCGCGAUUAAAAAAUAUAGAACAUUACUGGAGUAUAUUUCAAAGUGCGCAUCAAGACCUUCUUAAGUGUACACCGACGGAAAGGCGAAUGGACAUACCUUAUUUGGUUAAUGAAGAUUACUACAUUCAUGAAGAUUUGUAUUUUUGCUUGAGUGGCGAUAUAAAAGACAUGCUAUCAUCGUUUUCGAGUGGUAAAUGCAAUCAUACUGCCACUGACAGUUCCAUAACAGGAGAUAAAGUGAAGUUACCUCGCGUACAGCCACCAGUUUUCAGUGGUAGCUAUGAAGAUUGGCCAACGUUUCAAGACAUAUUUGAGUCACUUAUACACAAUAACAGCUCGUUAACCAACGUUGUGAAGUUGCAUUUUUUGAAAAAUAGUGUCAGUGGCGAAGCACAAGCUUUACUUAAGCACAUACAAGUAACAGACGCUAAUUACGAAGAAGCUUGGAAGACUUUAAAGAAUCGUUACGGAAACAAAAGAAUAAUUGUUAACGCUAUCAUGAAAAGAUUAUUCUCGCAGAAAAAGUUAUACUCGCAAACUGCUAACCAAAUCAAAUCACUUUUAGACACAACUACGGAGUGUUUGAAUAGUCUAAGCAACCUUAAGGUAUCCGUUGAAUCCUGGGAUCCCAUGAUAGUGCAUUUGAUUGUGUCGAAACUUGAUACAGAGACUCAUAAGGACUGGGAAGAAUAUUCCUUUAAGAGUACACCGGAUGACUUACCGAAGUGGUCAGAAUUGAGGACUUUUCUUGAAACCAAAUUCCGUACUCUGGAAUUUAUACACCACACUACUUCGACAGCUCCCUCAAGUUCUCGACCGGCUACGCAGAAAACCUUCCAUUUAACUUCGCCAGCUCCUUCUAAUGUCCAAAGUAGCUUAAAUACAACAUCACCAGCGACUUCAAUUAGAACAUGCAUCAAGUGUAACGACAAUCACACGCUGAGUCACUGUAAGGAUUUUGCAAGUAUGGACGUAGCUGAAAGAAAUGACUACGUGAAAACAAACAAUUUAUGCUAUAACUGUCUACUCAGCGGCCACUCCGUAUUCAAGUGCCGUUUACCAACAUCCUGUCAAAUCUGUCAUAAACGUCAUCAUUCCCUACUACAUCACACAAAGAACGAGGAUAUAAAGGCACAUCUUAAUCAGAUGGAAGAAAAUAAUGAUGAUGAUAGUGAUGAUGUACCAAAAGAAGAUAGAGAAAAUGAUAUUACCAUAGCAACGCACUUCAUUACUAAAAAGACAGAUGCUUUAUUAGCUACAACGCUUGUCCUGGUGAAAGGUCACAAGGGGCAAGUGCUCACACUACGGGCUUUAAUUGAUCAAGGUUCAGAAGCGAACUUCAUCACGGAGAGAGCCGUGCAGAUGAUGAAACUACACAAGACACCUGUCAGGGGUUCAGCCACAGGACUGCAAUCAAUGAAGACCUCAGUUAACAGUAUGGUACAGUGUGAGCUUCAGUCAAGAUUUGACACUAAUUUCAACCUAAACAUCAAUGCAUUUGUCUUAUCUACUCGAGUGACCACUGAGCUCCCAUCAAAAGCACUCACCAACACUCACCACGCUUGGCAGCACCUUAACGGACUUGAUCUGGCAGACCCGAAAUACCAUCAACCAGGUCGAGUAGACAUGCUUCUAGGCGUUAAGGUCUAUGCACAAAUUUUACUGAAUGGCUUAAUCAAAGGUCCUCCAGGCUCACCGUGUACACAAAAUACAAGCCUCGGAUGGAUUGUGUUCGGAGACGCUGAAGGCAUUUCUUCAAAAAAUAUUGUUGUCAUGCAUCACAAAUUCGACUUAGACCUUCUGGUAAAAAACAUGUGGGAACUGGAUUCAGCAGAAAAACCAGAACUUACAGCGGAUGAGAAGCUUUGUGAAUCGAUUUAUGCAAAUACAACUACCAGAACAAAAGAAGGAAGAUAUGUAGUGAAACUCCCUACAAGAACAGAUAAAUUAAAGUCAACAGAAGGUCAAACAAGGGACAUAGCACUAAGAAGAUUCAAACAAUUAGAACGAAAAUUUGAGAAGGACAAAGAAUUCAAAAGGGAAUACACCAAGGUCAUAGAAGAAUAUUCAACAUUGAAGCACAUGGAAGAAGUUCCAGACACGGAAAUAGAAACCCCAUCAGUGUAUCUCCCACAUCAUGCUGUGAUUAGGAACGACAAAAACACGAAAGUGAGAGCUGUGUUUGAUGCUUCAUCUAAAGGCACAAACAAUAUUUCACUCAAUGAAGAGCUACUGGUGGGUCCACAGCUUCAAGAAGAUUUAAGAAACAUAAUCAUGAGAUGGCGUAUGAAGAGAAUCUGCUUCGUUGCAGACAUACAGAAAAUGUAUCGUCAAAUUUUAGUUACCAAACAAGAUGCAGAUCUACAGCGUAUACUUUGGCGCAAAAGUGCAGCAGACCCUAUCAAAGAAUACCGCCUGCUUCGUGUCACGUUUGGUACAGCAUCUGCACCCUACUUAGCUGUGAAAACGUUACAAAGGGUCGCUGAAGACGAAGGAAAACAUCAUCCAGUAGCUGCAAAAACGAUUAAAGAAGAUUUCUACAUGGAUGACCUCAUGUCGGGUCAAGAUAACGUAGAAGACGCUGUAGAUGUGGCGAAAAAUGUAGCAAAAACUCUAAAAAACGGAGGAUUUGAUCUGCAGAAAUGGUCGUCUAAUAGCACCAACUUUUUAAAGCAAUUCCCACCGGAUGAGAGAAACAGUAAUGUAAACAUGGAUAUCAACCUGGAUGGAACUGUACGUGCACUGGGUAUCACUUGGAACAUGGGUGAAGACAGUUUUCAGUACAAACUUGAACUACCCCAGCAGCCAAGCACUAUUACAAAGAGAAACAUACUAGCAGAAACGCAAAAACUGUUCGAUCCUUUGGGAUGGUUGGCACCAAGCAUAAUUCAAGCCAAGAUGCUUAUCCAGAAACUUUGGUUGCAUCGAUCAAGUUGGGAUGAUGAAGUACAACUUGAAAUAAAAGAAGAAUGGUUAAACAUAAGACACAAUUUUGAAAACUUAAAGGACGUUCAUAUACCAAGAUGGCUGCACACCACUAAACUAAGACUAGAUAAAACUACGAUACACGGAUUUUCUGAUGCAUCUACAAAAGCUUAUGCAGCUGUCGCUUAUUUAAGAGUAGAAACUGAAGAAGGUGAUAUCAAGACGAAUAUCAUUGCUGCCAAAGUUCGUGUAAGUCCAGUGAAACCAGUAUCUUUGCCACGAUUAGAACUAUGUGGCGCUGCGCUGCUGGCAAAGCUGCUUAAACAAAUUAGAGAAGCCAUGAGAAUCCCUGAAAGUCAAGUGGUCGCAUGGACAGACUCAACCAUAGUUUUGUCGUGGUUAAAAGGAGACCCUAACCGCUGGCAAACCUUCGUCAGGAAUCGCGUGGUGUCCAUUCUCGAUGACAUUGGUGAUAAAUGGUAUCAUGUCCCAUCCCAAUCGAACCCUGCGGAUAUUGCGUCACGAGGUUCACCGCUACCAGAACUCAUCUCACAUCAUUUAUGGUGGAAUGGGCCAGAAUGGCUAAAAACUCAUGAUAUUCUAUUCAAUAAGCCAGACACCACGACAGACCUGGAAAUGAAACGAACCUUCCACACCAACCUCACGGUACAAGAAGAAGAUAAUUAUUCAAUUGUAAACCAGUUUGACGAUUUUGAUGAUUUACAAGAACUUAUUAAGACGAUUACAUACUGCAGACGCUUUUUAAACUAUAAGAAGCUUACCCCGAACCCCAUAUUCACAACAGAAGAAUUACAAAAUUCAUUGAUAAGUUGUAUUAAAUUGGUUCAAAAACAUGCAUUUAAUGAUGAUAUAACUAGACUAAAAAAUAACAAAAACGUAAGAUGUGACAGUAAAUUGAAAUCAUUAAAUCCUUACCUGGAUGAAGUCCAUGUACUCAGGGUGGGCGGUCGUCUUAAACACGCAAAUUUGAGCGAAGAUAGCAAGAACCCUAUAAUUUUGGACAGUAAGAACCGACUUACCUUUUUUCUUGUAGCUGAUGCUCAUCAAAGAACCCUUCAUGGCGGACAACAGCUGAUGAUGUGCUACCUAAAAAGUAAAUACUGGAUCCUAAAAAUGAAACAAAAGGUCAGAUCGUACAUCCACAAAUGCCUGAUAUGUGCACGACAAAACGCCACUGCCAAAAAGCAGUUAAUGGGAGAUCUACCUAAGGAACGGGUUACCCCAGCACGUCCAUUUCUGAACAGUGGCGUCGACUUCGCUGGUCCAUAUCAAACACUUAUGUCAAAAGGGAGAGGAUUAAGAACCAUAAAAUCGUACAUAGCUAUAUUUGUAUGUAUGGUUACUAAAGCCAUACACUUGGAGCUUGUCGGAGAUUUAACCUCGGAAGCCUUUAUUGGGGCCUUCAGACGUUUUGUGGCACGAAGAGGCAGGUGCGCACAUCUUUGGAGUGACCAAGGGAGGAACUUCAUCGGAGCAAAUAAGGCUUUGGCAGAAGCAUUUGAAGAAGCAAAAUUGGACUUUGAUGGAGAUAUAGCUACAAAGCUGGCGUUAGAUGGAACUCAGUGGCAUUUUGUACCAGUAUACAGUCCCAAUUUUGGUGGAUUGUGGGAAAGUGGAGUAAAGUCCAUGAAAUUCCAUUUAAAGAGAGUCCUUAAUUCUCAUCUUACCUUUGAAGAAUUUUCAACCCUGAUCUGCCAGGUCGAGUCGUGUCUCAACUCACGGCCUUACGUUCCCAUAGACGACGAUGGAAACGCGAAUCCUUUAACCCCAGGACACUUUUUGAUUGGAGAGGCACCGAUAACCAUACCAUCACCAACCUUCAAAGAUGUGAACACGAACGUUUUGUCCCGUUGGCAACACCUGCAAAAAAUGUUAAAUGAUUUUUGGCAUACGUGGCAACAAAAUUAUUUAUCAACACUCCAACAGAGAACGAAAUGGACAAAAAAGGAACCGGAAUUUGAUAUUGGCCAACUCGUAUUAAUAAAAAACGAAAACUUACCUCCUGGAAAGUGGUUGUUAGGACGCAUUGUUGCCAAACAUCCUGGAAACGACGGCCUAACACGAGUGUACAGUGUCAAGAGCGGUGAAAAUAUUGUCAAACGUUCUAUCAGUAAACUUUGUUUCUUUCCAGUCGAUGUAACAGUAUAGUUAAACUUGUUUAAUUCUGAAGUAUUACAAAAUACUAAUGUUAUACUUGUUAAUAACGUCCAAAAAUUUAUAUAUGUUCUGAUAGAACAUAUUUAUUUUUAUUUUUAUUCAAUUGUAAAUUUCUUGCCAAUUUUGAUAUUUAUGCAAACCUGGUUAAGAAUUUUACACAUAAUAAUGAUGAAUUGUAUUUUAAUUUUGUUAUAAAUUUUGCAUGAUUAUUUUAUUCUGAAAAAGGAUAAUCAAUAUCCUUUUGGUGGGCGGUAUGUUACAGCUGUUUAAAAAAUAUCUUAUAUGUGUGUAUGGCCCACUCACACAUGCAUAGCGUAGUUAAUAAGUAUUUUCCUAUACACACCUCAGUCUUCAAUAAAUCGUAGAACAAGCAA